AUGAUCCGCACCCACACGUGGUCCCAAUUAGGGCCGGCCAAUCGGGAAGGGCGGCUGCUUUUCAUUGCGGGCUCAUUAAGGUCCUCCAACAACCCCAAGUCCUCCAACAACCCGCAGUCCUCCAAGGUCCUUAAGUCCUCCGAGGUCCCACAGUCCACCAACAACCCCAGGUCCUCCAACAACCCCACGUCCUCCAAGAUCCUUAAGUCCUCCAAGGUCCCCCAGUCCUCCAACAACCCCAAGUCCUCCAAGGUCCUUAAGUCCUCGGAGGUCCACAAGUCCUCCAACAACCCUCAGUCCUCCAAGGUCCCCCAGUCCUCCAACAACCCUCAGUCCUCCAAGGUCCCCCAGUCCUCCAACAACUCCAAGUCCUCCAACAACCCCAUGUCCUCCAAGGACCUUAAGUCCUCCAAGGUCCACAAGUCCUCCAACAACCCUCAGUCCUCCAGCAACCCUCAGUCCUCCAACAACCCUCAGGCCUCCAACAACCCUCAGUCCUCCAACAACCCUCAGGCCUCCAAGUCCGCCAAGGUCCUUAAGUCCUCCAAGGUCCUCAAGUCCUCCAACAACCCCACGUCCUCCAAGAUCCUUAAGUCCUCCAAGGUCCCCAAGUCCUCCACCAACCCCAAGACCUCCAAGGUCCCCAAGUCCUCCGUGACCCCCAACACCUCCGAGACCCCCAAGUCCUCCAAGUCCUCCAAGGUCCUCCAAGACCCCCAAGACCUCCAAGUCCCCAAGUCCUCCAAGCUCCCAGGUCCUCCGAGCCCCCCAAGACCCUCCGAGCCCCCCAAGUCCUCUGAGACCCCCAAGUCCUCCAAGGUCCUCCAAGACCCCCAAGACCUCCAAGGUCCCCAAGUCCUCCACCAACCCCAAGACCUCCAAGAGCCUAGGUCCUCCAAGACCUCCAAGGUCCCCAAGUCCUCCAAGCUCCCAGGUCCUCCGAGCCCCCCAAGACCCCCCGAGCCCUCCGAGCCCCCCAAGCCCUCCGAGCCCCCCAAGUCCUCCUUCACCCCGCCCCACUCUCACCGCCGUGCCUUCUCCCCCCUGCAGGUGUAUGCCCCGUCAGCCAGCACUGCCGACUACAACCGCGACUCCCCCGGUUACCCGGCCUCCAAACCAGCAGCCAGCACUUUCCCCAGCUCCUUCUUCAUGCAAGAUGGGCACCACAGCGGAGACCCGUGGAGCUCCUCCAGCGGGAUGAACCAAUCGGGUUACGGGGGGAUGCUGGGCAACUCCUCGCACCUCCCCCAGUCCGGCAGCUACUGCAGUCUGCACCCCCACGACCGCCUGAGUUACCCAUCCCACUCCUCAGCCGACAUCAACUCCAGUCUUCCUCCGAUGUCCACCUUCCACCGCAGCGGCACCAAUCACUACAGCGCGUCGUCCUGCACCCCUCCAGCCAAUGGGACGGAAGGCAUCAUGGCCACCAGAGGAAGCGGGGCGGCCGGCAGCUCGCAGACCGGCGACGCGUUGGGGAAAGCACUCGCAUCUAUCUAUUCUCCAGAUCACACCAACACCAGCUUCCCAUCCAACCCUUCAACUCCUGUCGGUUCUCCCCCUUCUCUCUCAGCAGGCACAGCUGUUUGGUCUAGAAAUGGAGGUCAAGCGUCAUCAUCUCCCAAUUAUGAAGGUCCCUUACACUCUUUGCAGAGCCGCAUCGAGGACCGCUUGGAGAGGUUGGACGACGCCAUCCACGUGCUGAGGAACCACGCGGUCGGAGCCGGGACGGCCAUCGGGGGUGGCCACGGGGAUAUGCACGGCUUGAUAGGAGCUGCUCACAACGGGGCCAUGGCGGGCUUGGGGUCCGGCUACGGGACCGGGUUGCUGUCGGCCAACAGGCAUUCGUUGAUGGUCGGUGCUCACCGCGAGGACGGCGUCGGGCUGCGCUCUGCUCACUCUCUGGUGCCCAAUCAGGUUGCGGUGCCGCAGCUCCCCGUGCAAUCGGCCACGUCCCCGGAGCUCAACCCGAGCCAGGAUCCUUAUAGGGGCCUGGCGGCGGGUUUGCAAGGGCAGAGCGUGUCGUCGGGCAGCUCGGAGCUGAAGUCGGACGACGAAGGCGACGAGAACGCGCAGGAGGCCAAAUGCGGCGACGACAAGAAGCUGGACGAGGACAAGAAGGAGCUCAAGUCAAUUACGAGGUCAAGGUCUAGCAAUAACGACGACGAGGAUCUGACCCCGGAGCAAAAAGCCGAGAGGGAGAAAGAGAGGCGGAUGGCGAACAACGCCCGCGAGAGGCUGAGGGUGAGGGACAUCAACGAGGCCUUCAAGGAGUUGGGGCGGAUGGUGCAGCUGCACCUGAAGAGCGACAAACCGCAGACGAAGCUGCUCAUCUUGCACCAGGCCGUGGCGGUGAUCCUGAGCUUGGAGCAGCAAGUGAGAGAGCGGAACCUGAACCCGAAGGCGGCGUGCCUGAAGAGGAGGGAGGAGGAGAAGGUGGCGGCCGAACCGCCCCCAUUGGCCCUGGCGGGAGCCCACGCGGCCAUGGGGGACGGAGGCACCCAUAUGGGGCAGAUGUGACCGGGGGGGGGGGAAAAAGGUCCUAAUUGCUGCGUAGCGACCGCUUCCCCUCCCCCCUCCCCCCCCCCUUAAGCACCCGUCCUUAUUAAUUAGACAAGUCUGACUAAUGAAGACGCAAGCCGAGAGCUCAUUAGCCAAUUAACGCCAGCUAAUUAAGCGCUAAUGAGCCGUCAGGGCUCCUCUCCACACCCGUGGGCUGAAGGCGGAUUUUGUGCCUCAAUUCCUUUCGGCGGCCGAAAGGAAAACGACCGAAGCGGCGGGGGAAAACGACCGGAAGGCGGAUUAAUUAACAGCAAUUAAGUGGGCCGCUUAACGAAGGAGAGAAAAAGAGCGUUUCAUUAAUGAUUCCUAAUGAAUUAAUCGCAAUAAUUGCCGGAUCCAAGUGUACUUCGGAUGGGAACGAA